AUGGGCGACGCUCUUCUACGUGUCGCUACAGGCGUCUCGCCCGUAGCUGAUGCUGACAGGAGCCCAGAGCCACACGCUCCCUACACGUCACCCACUACCGAAUACACUCCCCCAACGUCUCCGCAACCGCAGAUGCCGUACGCGGCGAAGAGGGGAUUCGGAUUACAUCGGUCCAAGCAGCCAGCUCAGCUCCAGAUGGACACAGCAGACGCGCCGCCAUACGAGCACCCCGUCUACAGCCCAUCGCCUGCAGACAGCCCGUCCCUCCCGCUUGCGGCACUGCCUUCCCCCAAAUUCGCCCAACGCCAGCGAGCUCCUUCCCUCCUCCGCCAUGCUGCCAUACCCUCCUCUCUUAAUGACAUCCAAGCUGGAAUGGGACAAGGCCCAAUGUCCCCAAUAAUGGCCCAUACAAUGGCUCGCCCAGAUAGCGGCCCACGUUCGCCUGAUCUUCGCGCCAUUUUCAACCCUCUGGCCAGCAAUCCUGUCAACUCGACUGGGCCGUCGUGGGACUCUUCCAACGAGGAUUUGCCUGGGUCACCUGCCUCACCUUUCAGACCCCGCGGGAUGACUGGCUCUUCGCAGCAGUCCUUCCAACCAACUCCUCCCUUAAGAUCAGUGACAUCUGUUCCCGACUACGCCCAAUAUGGAGGCACCGGGCGCGCUAAUUUAUCUGGCACCUACAAACCCAACAGAGGCGCCCCCAAUUGGGCCCACAACGACUAUUAUCCUACUCCACCUCGACCGUUUCGCGGCGAAGAGCCACGGGCCAGUUUUAGGUCCGGGUGGACCAAUGCGUCUUCGAGUAUACUAGAAACCAGCGGUACAGAAAGAAGCAGUAUUGCCACCGCACGGAGCUCUAUCGCCAGUGAUCGGCAAAAUAGCCUUUACUCGAGAGACCCAUCGAGAGACCGUCUUCGGGAACGCGACGGCUCACCAGAAACAAUCCAGACUUCCGAAAUUGCCGAGGAAGAUGAAUACGUAGACCCUGUUGGCGACGUGCUGGAUUCCUACUAUUAUGACGAGGAGGAUGAAGAGCGCAGUCCUAUAAUUGAGCAGGGCGAACGAGACUUGCAAAGCCCUUCGCCAGUAGGUCUUGACUCAGAGCCUCCUGAGCUAUCGCAGACGCCAUCUCGCGAUUUCGACUCAUUAGAUUCCUUCCAGUCCAACGAGAGCCUGAAUGGUAAGCUAGGAACCAAUGUCGACUCGAAGGAGCUGUUGACGAUUCGGCCACCCUCUGGGUCGGACCUGGAUGAGGCAUACAACGCGGAUCCCGCCGAGCGAAAGGCGUUACGUAUCGAGUUAUUGCCCUCGGUACAAAUCAGCCCGUUCCAGGCCGCAUAUACACCACGAACAAUUCAAGCUGUAGUGCAGCAGUCCAAGAAGAGACAGUCAGGCGUACCAAAAAGGACAAGUGAAGAAGCACCCAGGCGUGUAUCUGUUACAUUGCAAGCUCUGGCGCUCAGGACCACAGAAACCAAGGGACACCACGCGAGGAAAUCGAAUGGCAGCCGUUCACAACUCGAUCACAUUCGCCGCGAUAUAUCCGGACUUCCACAACUGCCGCCUAGCCGAUCCCGACUUUCACGCCAGGAUUGGGCUAACAUUGAGGCCUACUCCAAGCGACAUAGCAAGAGACCAAGCGUUCCACGUACCUUUUCUAAUGAAUCUCUGGCCAGUUCCCACAUGCCUCAAUCUCCGCCUAUGCAGAGAUCUCAGCCGCUCCCCGAGCUGGAUGAAGACGAGGCAAUUCCCCGCCGCGCUUCUACGAGUGUGUUCGACCGGAAGAGCGCUUUGUUUGAUCUUGGGAUGAUGUCUCAACUUACAACUACCAAGAGCAAGCCUGAGACUCCGAGAACCCCCACGUUAGCACCUCCCAACCAGCACGUCACGACUGUGAUAAUGCCUGGUCUGCGAAAGACGGCUGCGCCUGUGGAGAGAGACCGCUAUGGAUUCAAGAAGGCUUCUGACAAGAUCAACGUUCAGGAGUAUAACGCGUGGGCUUCCAGAUACGAAGAGCAUAUCUCCCGCAGGAGAGGCAAAUGGAUCUCCCUGAUGGCUAAGCAAGGUCUGCCGACAAAUGAGCCAACCAGGUUCCCUGAUAUGUGCGAAAAGGUCAAACGAUACGCUCGUAAAGGAUAUCCCCCUGAGUGGAGAGGUGCAAUGUGGUGGUUCUAUUCUGGUGGUCAGCACAUGAUUACACAGAAGGAAAAUGUCGGUCUGUACAAGUCUCUAGUAGCUCGCGUCAACCAAGACGAGCUCAACAAGGACGACAAAGAUGCAAUUGAACGCGAUCUCGACAGGACGUUCCCCGACAACAUUCAUUUCCGUCCGGAACCAGCAACUGAUCUACUCGACGGCGAGUCUGACGACGAGCCAGCAUUGAUUCAAGACCUGCGCGAGGUGCUCUCUUGCUUUGCUUUGAACAAUCCCAACAUUGGUUACUGCCAGUCUCUCAACUUUAUUGCUGGUCUUCUUCUGUUGUUUCUCAAGCAGGACAAGGAGAAGGUUUUCAUCCUUCUUACUAUUAUCACGCAAAACCAUCUCCCAGGUGCCCACGCUCGCAGCCUGGCAAACACGGAAGUCAACGUACUUAUGAUGUUGAUCAAGGAUUAUCUGCCAAAGGUGUGGGCGUCGAUCAACGACACCGAUCUCAUCAACAGCGGCGCUGGCUCAAACGCUCAUCCCAACUCGAAGUUCCAACGACAACCCACAGUCGCCCUCUCUUGUACUUCUUGGUUCAUGAGCAUCUUCGUCGGUGUCCUGCCAAUCGAGACCGUACUUCGCGUCUGGGACGCAUUUCUCUACGAGGGACCACGUGCCCUAUACCGCUACGCUCUUGCCAUCUUCAAGCUCGGUGAACCCGAAAUCAGGAAAUACCGUCCUGGUGAUGGCGAGAUCUUCAUGGCCGUGCAGACACUACCUAGGCGCUGCCUCGACCCGAAUAUCUUGCACGACCUGGCGUUCGUGAAGAAGGGUUUUGGAAAUCUGUCGCAGAAUGUCAUUGACCAAAAACGAAUGUUCUGGCGCGAUCAGAACAUCAUAGCGCAUCAAACUUCUGUCAAGAACACGAACGGUCGAAGACUGCUCGGCGUACCACAGGAGGACGAAGAAGACGGAGACAGGGAUAGCCUCCGGAAGGCCAUGGGCAUGAACGGCCUACGCCGUCGCGCAUCCCGAAAGUUCCGCAAGAUGGGCAUAAAGUGA